AUGAAUUCCAUUCUUGAAAAUUUAAAAUUGUUUUUCAUUUUAGCUUUUUGUGUUUUUGACCAGUGGAAAAUAUAUUUUGUAAUGAUAAGAAUGUUCAGUUUUGCUAAAUAUUACAUGUGUAUUAAUGGUUCAUACCUAUUUGAUGUAAAACCAGCUCCUGUAAGCUCUUUGCUAAGAGAUGUAAGGAGUGCAUCCAAGCUUCGUUCUGUUGUGAUAUUUGAAUUACAGCUUCCUGCUUCAACUAUGAAAACAACAUCAGUUGAUUUUGGUUGUAAACUUGUAGAUAAUUUCCAGAAGAGGAAAUCUUUUCAAACAUACCCUGGAGAAACAGGAACUGAAUUGAGAAGACUUCAUUUUGAAAAAUUCAUUACAUUUGGUUACUAA